UGCGGUCGGGCGCUGGCUCAGUCUAGGCUGCUCGCCGCUGUCGCUCCUGGGCCGCGGGAUGACACCGCCUCCGUCCGGAUGCGCCGCCCUCGGCGCCCCGGGCACCCGCGUCCCCGGCCCGCUGGAUCGGUUUGGGUUCCCGCUGCGGCUGCUGCUGCUGCUGGUCUGGACGGCCGCCACCACCCAAGGCCACCCGAGGAGCGGACCCCGCGUCUCCGCUGUCUGGAAAGGCCGCGCAGGGCAGGACCGGGUGGACUUUGGUUCAGCCGAGCCUCACACGGUGCUUUUCCAUGAGCCGGGCAGCUCCUCCGUGUGGGUGGGUGGACGCGGCAAGGUCUAUCUCCUCAACUUCCUCGAGGGCAAGAACGCCUCCAUGCGCACGGUGAACAUUGGCUCCACAAAGGGGUCCUGCUUGGACAAGCGGGACUGCGAGAACUAUAUCACACUCCUAGAGAGGCAGGGCGAGGGGCUGCUGGUCUGUGGCACCAACGCCAGGCGCCCCAGCUGCUGGAGCCUGGUGAAUGGCACCGUGGAGUCGCUUGGUGAGAAGAGAGGCUAUGCCCCCUUCAGCCCGGAUGAGAACUCCCUGGUUCUGUUUGAUGGGGACGAGGUGUACUCCACAAUCAGGAAGCAGGAAUACAACGGGAAGAUCCCUCGGUUCCGACGCAUCCAGGGCGAGAUCGAGCUGUACACCAGUGAUACUGUCAUGCAGAACCCACAGUUCAUCAAGGCCACCAUCGUGCACCAAGACCAAGCCUACGAUGACAAGAUCUACUACUUCUUUCGAGAAGACAACCCUGACAAGAAUCCCGAGGCCCCUCUCAACGUGUCCCGCGUGGCCCAGCUAUGCAGGGGGGACCAGGGUGGUGAGAGUUCCCUGUCGGUCUCCAAGUGGAACACCUUCCUGAAAGCCAUGCUGGUGUGCAGCGACACUGCCACCAACAAGAACUUCAACAGGCUACAGGAUGUCUUCCUGCUCCCCCACCCCAAUGGCCAGUGGAGAGACACUAGGGUCUAUGGCGUUUUCUCCAACCCCUGGAACUACUCGGCCAUCUGCGUGUAUUCCCUUGGUGACAUUGACAAGGUCUUCCGCACUUCUUCACUCAAGGGCUACCACGCGGGCCUUCCCAACCCUCGGCCUGGCAAGUGCCUCCCAGACCGGCAGCCGAUACCCACAGAGACCUUCCAGGUGGCCGACAGUCACCCUGAGGUGGCACAGAGGGUGGAGCCCAUGGGGCCUCUGAAGAUGCCAUUGUUCCACUCUAAGUACUACUACCAGAAAGUGGUCGUCCACCGCAUGCAGGCCAGCGGCGGGGAGACCUUCCACGUGCUUUACCUAACCACAGACAAGGGCACCAUCCACAAGGUGGUAGAGUCAGGGGAGCGGGAACACAAUGCCUUCAACAUCGUGGAGAUCCAGCCCUUCCGCCGUGCAGCUGCCAUCCAAGCCCUGUCACUGGAUGCUGAGCGGCGGAAGCUGUUUGUGAGCUCCCAGUGGGAGGUGAGCCAGGUGCCCCUGGACCUAUGUGAGGUCUAUGGUGGGGGCUGCCACGGCUGCCUCAUGGCCCGAGACCCUUACUGCGGCUGGGACCAGGGCCGCUGUGUCUCCAUCUACAGCUCCCAAGAGCCCGUGCUGCAGUCCAUUAAUCCCAACGAGCCACACAAAGAGUGCCCCAACCCAAAGCCAGACGAGGCCCCACUGCAGAAGGUUUCCCUGGCCCCGAACUCUCGCUACUACCUGAGCUGCCCCAUGGAGUCCCGCCACGCCACCUACUCGUGGCGCCACGGGAAGAGCGUGGAGCAGAGCUGUGAGCCCGGCCACCAGAGCCCCAACUGCAUCCUGUUCAUUGAGAACCUCACGACUGACCAGUACGGCCACUACCACUGCGAGGCCCAGGAGGGCUCCUACUUCCGUGAGGCUCAGCACUGGGAGCUGCUGCGCGAGGAUGGCGCCACCGCCGAGCAGCUGCUGGGCCGCGCCCGCACCCUAGCUGCCUCCCUGUGGCUGGGUGUCCUGCCCAUGCUCGCUCUUGGCCUGCUGGUCCAUUAGGGCCUCCUGGGGCUGGGCAUGCUGCAGGCGUCUGCAGCCCCAGGGGCACUGAAAAAUUCUCACACCCAGAGCCGGCUGGGCCCGGGAGCUCCUUACCCACCACUUCUUCCAGGGGGACUGCCUAACCCAACGGGGGACCCCAGGCCUGGAGAUGGCCAGCCGCAGGCGGCUGCUGGGCCCUGGUGGGGUUGGGGCACGGGAGCCGGAGAAUGAAGGCACUGACUGUGAAGCUGGGGCAUCCAUGACCCAAGACUUUAUCCUCCGGAGACUAUUUUUCAAAAACUCCUCUUCAAACUUGACUAAAUGCAGUGAUGCUCCUGGCCCAAGAGCACGUGGGCCAGAGAGUAGAGUUUGGAAAGGGGAGCUGGGACCCCAUCUCUGGACCUUGGAGCUGAGGCCUGAGUCCUUCUGGACUCUGUAUACCCAAGUUGCCCCCUCAUCCUCCCUCCUGCCAUGGCUGGGAGUGGCUGGUGUUCCUGCAGGCUGGGGGCUGCCCUCUGCGGCUCCCUCGCCAGCCCUGGGUCCCACUAGGCAGCUGCCUUGCAUGUUUAUUGAGGGAUGUUUGCUUUCCGGACAGAAGGACGGAAAAAGCUCUAUUUUUAUGUUAGGCUUAUUUCACGUCUAGCUACUUCUGACUGCAUCUGUAUGAAAAUACCAAAACUACAUGCUGGGGGUGGGGUGGGAAAGGGAGGGGCUGGGGAAGGGAUGGAUUGUGGGGGGGGUCCUAGUCCGAGGCUCCUGGGGGUGGGAUAAGAGGCCAGGGUUGAGCAUGGUUUCGAGGAGAACGGCAGGAGCUGGCUCUGCCCUGGAGCCCAGUCUGAGGGGGCAUGGUCCAAGCUCCCAGUGUGCAGGUGGUUAUGGGAGGGGGUGGGGUGAGGGAGACAGGGGAGGAUGAAGGAGAAAACUGAGCCCUAGUUCACCAAGUUCAUUUAGAAGGAGGAGCCAGGUCCUCAGGGGGAGGUUCCAGGACUCUGCCCUUGGCGUUGUGGGUUGGGGGGUGGGGGGGGGUCCCUCCCCUCCCCCCAGCCCCCUUCCCCAGGGGCUGUGCUUCCAUGCUCCUAGCCUCCCACCUUCAGCUCAGGACAUGUUAUAACUUAGGCUAAACUGUGAAUUCCGGUGGGGACGGCCUGGGCCGAACUCUCCAGGUGGACAGCUCUGCCCCCAGCCCUGUCUGUGGGUUUCAGCAGAGAGCUGGGCCCUUCUCUGGCUGUGUCUGGCCAGCCCGGGGCAGAGCCUGGGGCCAGUGGCCUUCCAGCUUCGGCCCCUGCAUCUCUUCUCAAUGCACUUUAAUAAUGUAACAUAUUACUAAUAAACAAGCUAUUUAUUUA